AUUGUUUGAUUUUCCCAUGAUUUUCCUCAAAGAUAAUUUAUGUUUCCUUGGUUUUGUUGUUUUGUUUGAUUAAUUAUGUACAGUCAGUGAAAACGAGUUAUGCGUUGUGCUGUCAGAAAGAGAAAGUACAAUAUUUGGCUAUUUGAGAUUUACUCUGUAAAUGUGUUGAACUAGCUCCAUGACAUCUUUUCUAACUACUGUGCUACUUUUUCGAGGAACUUGGUCGCCUUUUGAUAAACGAAGAAGAUUUAAAAAUUGAAUCUUGAACUUGCUUAAAAGAAUUUGCACUGUACACCAAAAUGGUUGCUGGGUUUGCAGUGCAUGAGACUAUUACCGUGGUAACACAAAAUGGUAAUUGUGAUAUAGAAUUAUGUUUUGGGGACAUCACCAAACUUCAACUUCAAGAUAAAGUCGAUGUGAUAAUGAUUUCAGCAUUCAGAGGUGAUUAUUCAGCGACACCAACAUCAGUCAUAGGAGCUCUGAAGCGAAACCUAAACUUAAGUGUUAGAGAUCUAGCACGGAAUAAGGCUGAGGAUCUUCGAAACCUAUACUCUUGUUGGUGGUCACAUGAAUUGCCAGCUGGGUUACCUUACAAAAGACUGCUCUGUUUUGAGACUAGAUUCCAUGGUGCAUCACGGCCUCAGGAGCUUGUUGGUGACGUAUAUCGUUGUCUUGUCCCAAUUCNNNAAAAUCGAGGUUCUACUGUAUUAAAACCUACUGUAUCAGGUUGUAUGCAGGGUUACAGCAAAGACACUAUGUUGAAGGGAAUGGUGGAGGCCGCUGUGAACUGGAUGAAAGCUGGGCUUCCCCUACGCAGGUUAAAGAUCGUUCUUUAUUGUAGAUUUGAACAGGGUGAUACUCCACCUAUGACUGGCUUUACAGAUGUGCUUAAAACUUUUGACACAUUGAAGAAAAAGUUUGACAUGAAAAGUGUUGUUCCAAAGGCGGUCAAAAUAGAGUAUGACGUAUACCUUUCAUUUAGCAAUGAAGAUGGAGCAACUGCUACUUCUAUUAGCAAAAACCUUGAAGUUGCUAAGCCAGAUAUUCGCAUUUUUGGCAGUCAUCAAGAACUGAAUAAAGAUCAGGUGUGGCAGGAAGACAUGUAUGAGGUUAUGAUUCGCUGUGCGAGGGUCAUCACAGUGCUCAGUCCUAACUAUUUGAAAUCAACUUCAUGCGUUGAGCAGUACAACAUAGCAUUGUGUUGUAAUAGAAAGGCUCGGAGGGAUCUUCUUGCCCCUUUUUAUAUUGAACCUGUGGAGAAAAUGCCAACAUACAUGGGGCUAGUGCAGUAUGUGGACUGUCUCACAGUGAAACUAAGCAUUGCCUGUGAACAGCUGGCUCUGACGUUGAAUGUGGAGGUGCAUGCUGAGUUCGUACAUGAACAGCCUACACUGCAGUACGAUAUCUUCAUCUCUUACUGCCAUCGCAAUUCUGAACAAGCUUCGCAGGUUAAGGAAAUCAUUAACAGCGUUGACCCAAAUUUGAAAGUCUUUUUCGACAUUCAAGAGCUGAAGACAGGUACUACAUGGCAACAAACACUAUAUCAUGCCAUUGAUGGCACUAAGGUGUUAGUUGCCUUGAUAACCAAAGAUUACCUUCUAUCACCUGUCUGUCGAGAAGAAUUUAAUUUGGCACUUGCUAAACAUUGCCAGAAGAAUCGGGAACUUACACUGGUCCCUAUAUUCUUGGAUGAAGAUGUGGAAGACAUCCCUUUGGAGUUCAGACAGAUCAAGUUGGUAGACGCCACUGGAAAAUCAUUCAAGUCUGCCAUUGAAUCUACUUCUAAAACAAUAGUUACCUACCUCAAAACUCAAAGUACUGGCACUAUGAAAGAGCUCUUCUCAGAGACAACUGACAACAUGGAGAUAGACAUCAUACAAGAAAAACUGCGAGCUUCCCAAAUGAAGGUAGACUACCCAAAAUCAACUUGGGAGUCCUACAAAAACUUUCCACCAGAUCUUGACAAAUUCUUUGUUAAAAGUGAAGAACUUUCUAGACCAUCAAGUGAAGUGGAAGGUUGUGAUAUAGUUCUAAGUUAUACUCCUAAUGAGGAAAAAUAUGCCAAGUUCUUUUUGAAACUCCUGGAAUUGUUUGCACCCACACUGUCAGUUGUUAAGGAGGCUGCUACUGGACAGGAGAUGCGGAAUGUUUUGGAUAAUGCAACAAAGGUUGUAACAUUCGUCUCCCCAAGCUACACUGAGUCACAUGAUUGUACAGAAGAUUUUAACAUUGCGCUAUGCCGCCAUCGUACGCAGGAGAACCCAGUAUUAUUUCCAAUCCAGGUUCAUAAUCUGCCUAAGAAACCAACAUAUUUUCAUACUGUACUCUACCCUGUUUCUACAGCAGACACAGUUUGGUCUUCUUUAAUUAUGCAAAACAAAGUUACUGUAAGCGAGAAGAUCUUGACCCUGAUUUCAAAUGAAGAGGUGUCAGAGCCAGAAGCCUUAGCAUUGGUGAUUGCUGCUAAAAAGGUUAUUGACAGUUUUCGUACAAAAAGAACCUGCAGUGCAGUACCAAGGCCUGUAUUGACUAAUAUUGGAAGACUGAUCGCUGAAACAAAUGAUUUAGAUCAAGUUCAGCAAGUUGAUGAAAAAAAACUAAGUGAGAUGCUUCUUCAUGUGGUAUUGUCUGAAGAUCAAUUAGAAAAAGUUGAACAGAAAGUGAAAGAUAAGGAAGAAUCCACAGCUGACGAACAUGACGAUGGAAAGCCAAAUUCGACAAAAGAAGAAACUAAAGUUAGUCAACCAGAUCAUGCAUUCCAAACACCUCCAAAGACAGAGCCAUCUAAUGUCAGUGGAUCGAAAAACCACAAGGGUGUAAAAGUUCCCAACAAGAAAAGCAGCACAUGCAAUUUGGCUUGAACUGUAUAAAUCGGAUGCCAGUUCAAACGGAUUACAUAACAGAUUUACAUUACUGGCUCCAGUGGCGUAUCUAGAAGUCUUGAAAUGGGGGUUCUGAUUGGGGGCGCGAAGGUGAAGUAGUGGGGUUCGAUGAUCAGUUGAGGGGUGCAAACUUGCAAAAUAAGGUGAUUUUCAACUACUUGCAAUUAAUUUCCUUGGGAGGGGAGAGUAAUAACGCUAGUACCUGGCUCCCAGGCAAAACCUGAGCCUCGGCCAAAUGCAGAUUUUUAGCUCAAAAUAGGAAAUUUUAAAGUAAUUCAUACAUAACUCGCACAGGCUGUUGUUCGCACAUGUGAAUCUUUUCUCCGCUCGAAUUAGCAUCCGCUCGAAUAAAUUCUGCUUGAACCGGCAUUCGCUCGAAGUGGCAUCCGCUCGAAUUGACUGGUGCCCGUAUAAAUCAGAUGAUACACAGGAAUAGAGCUGCAUUCACAAACGAAACCAAACCCAAACCAAAACCAAACCAAUCAAACCAAACCAAACCAAUAUUUAAAGUACAUUUCAGAUGCAUUGAAUGAAACGUCCCUAUUUUUACAUACUGAUCAAAUUUUCUGAUCAGUUCAGUAAGGUCUCUAAUUUAAAAAUUUCAGAUUUUGUCUUAAUACAUCUUAAUACAACAUUGUAUGAUGGGAAGAUUUGCCCUGGGUAGAGAAACAACAUAGACAUGGUCUUGGUUUGGAAUCAUAAAGGGAACAGGCAAUACACUUUCCUGUUUGAAAAUUUUCAAAAUUAUGUAUGAUAAUGAUUAUAUAUAGUAUAAUGAUAAUAAUGAUUAUAUAUGAAAUAUUUUUUUUAUACACACACACACACAAGUAUUUGAUUCAGGAUCAUCAGGAGGAGAGUGCUCAAUACCAAAGUAGAGCUAAAUAACAGAAGAAAUGUGAACUAAUUUACUUCACACUUUUAUUCCACUCAUCAUGUGUACACCUAAUGAAAUGAGUAUUGUUCACUAUCUGCUUCUCAAUCAUUUUAUUCAAGCUUUUCCUUGAUAUUACUUGAUGAGUGUAGUAGCUUGUAGUGGAAUAAAAGUAUGAAGUAAAAAGUUUACAUUUCCUCUGUUUAUUAUAUACAUUACACACACAAAUAUAGACUUAUUCAUUUCAAUUCAAAUCUACAGUAUUAUAAUAAUGAUACAAUAUUUUAUGUAUAUGUAGAUAUAAAUAUGUAUUAUAUAAUAUAGACAUAUUCAUUGAAGUUCCGAUUUACAUCAAUUGGCUGAAUUGACCUGGAAACGUGUUGUUAAUAGAGGUCACAAAAAAUACUUUCCCUCGAUAUUAUUGCCAGUUUUAGACAUCACCUGACGAAACAAGAUACAAGUUUCUACUGGAAUGAAAGUAUGAAGUAUAGUUUGUUAAUUUUAUAUAUAUAUAUAUAUAUAUAUAUAUUAUAUACAUUACAUAUAUAUUAUUUUAUAUUAUUUAUAUAGACAUAUUCAUUUUUAUUCAAAUCUUCAGUAUUGUAAUAAUACAAUCUUAUAUUAUAUGUAGAUAUAGAUGUAUAUUAUAUAGAUAUAGACUUAAUAAUUUUAGAUAUGUAUUAUAUAGAUAUAGACUUACUCAUUACGAUUUACAUCAAUUUGUCCGAAUUGACUGGAAGGAAACAUGCAUUGUUAGUAGAGGUCACAAAAAAUACAUUGUACAUAAUAUAGAAAACAAUAAUCUAACUCUAACUUUUUAAAAAUCUUAAGGAAAAGAUGAUCUAUCAGCAACAUUUUAGAAAUUCUGCAUAUACUGUAGCUCUACAUUUUAGCAGAAUUUACUAUAUUUCUAAAGAUUGUUUCUCAUAAUUUCUCGAUUGUUUAUACAGUAUUAAUUUAAUAAGUGUCUUGUGAUACAAGUACUGUAAUGCAAACACAUUGUUAACAAGUUGUUAUCUAGAACCGAAAGGAUUCGCAUUAACACGAUUUUUAAAUGUCUUUUCAUGGUGAGCUAACUUUUGUAAUACCGUAAAACCUUGAAUUGAAGCCCAUUGGGUUUCAUUUCGAGAAGAAGCCCAUCUCGAAUUGAACCCCCCCCCCCCUCUUUCCUUUGAAAAAUUAGCCUCGAAAAAAAUGCCCAUCGGCUUUUUUUCAGGAUAGUACAGUACAUACACUGUACUUGAAUUUGAAAGAAACCAAAUAUAAUACAAAUACAAAUAAUAUAAUACAAAUUCCCCAAAUUUACAGCAUUCAAUUUGAAAAGAAGCACCUUUCUUCACUUUGCAAAAAUAGCCACGAAAAGAAGCCCAUCCAAUGUUCGCAGAAAAAAAAAAGGAGCUUGGGGCUUCAAUUCAAGGUUUUACGGUACUUGCAGGCAAUAGUAUCUGCAAAUACGUGUAUUCCUGACCUUGUUUUUAUUGGUCAGUUUUGUAGUUUGGCAUUUCAGGAAGGUGCAUUGUACAGGGGGAGAGGGGAAACGAGGUCCCCGACGGAGGGGCCGGUAUCCCUGAAGAGAGCAAGGUGGGCGUGGUCGGUCGUUGCUUAAAAUCUCGCGAAAGUGGACCAAGGGCCCCAUUGGCGUCACCCGUGGUCCAUUGUUUGCAUACAGGGUUGAGUCUCAGAAUUGUAAAUGUUUAUGUAGUGAUUUCGAAAACUAAUAGGCCUACUAUCGAGUAGUACCAUUCCUAUUUGAGUGAAAUGGUAAAUUAUUCUCUAAGGGGUUAAAAUGAUAUGUGAACCUGUUUCAUUUUUACUGUAUCAGUGUAUGGAAUGCAGUGACAGAGUAUACCUCAUGCAGACCUUUCAAAAACUGCAGAUCUACUGUGUGUGUGUGUGGGGGGGGGGGGUGUAUUGUAUAUAAUAUAUUAGUUUUAGUGCAAUGAAGUUACAUUAUAUUUUAUUGUUGUUUGUACAAGUGUGUGAAAUGUUUACAUUUCUAUAGAUGUUCCUAAUAAAUUCGUUUAUAACUGUCACAUUUUA